AUGUCCUGUUUUCUGGCCAUGUGGGUCAGCCUCAGUUUGCUGUUGCUGUGCCAGGCUACACUCUACCAGACCAUCCAGCAACACCAUGUGGCCCGGCCUGGUCGCACUGACAUUCUCACCCUGGAGGGAGGUACAUGCGAGGUGAUUGCAGCUCACAGAUGCUGUAACAAGAAUCGCAUAGAGGAACGCUCUCAAACCGUCAAGUGCUCCUGUUUACCAGGCAAAGUGGCAGGGACAACACGCAACAAACCCUCCUGUGUGGAUGCAUCCAUCGUAAUUGGGAAAUGGUGGUGUGAGAUGGAACCAUGUCUGGAGGGAGAAGAGUGCAAAACUCUACCCGACAACUCCGGAUGGAUGUGCUCCUCUGGGAAUAAAAUCAAGACCACAAGGAACACCCAGCCAUACUCCCCUUUUUAG